CUCGGCAGAAUGGCCACGGAGGAGCGGCACCUCUCCUCCAGCUGCGGGUCCUUCAUCAAGACCGAGCCCUCCAGCCCAUCCUCUGGCAUCGACGCCAUCAGCCACCACAGCCCAAGCGGCUCCUCCGACGCUAGCGGGGGCUACGGCAUCGCCAUGGGCGGCCACCCCAAUGGCCUAGACUCGCCACCCAUGUUCAAUGGCACGGGGAUUGGCGGCGGGUCCUGCCGCAAGCGUUACGACGACUGCGCCAGCGCCAUCAUGGAGGACUCACCCACCAAGUGCGAGUACAUGCUCAAUGCAAUCCCCAAGCGGCUGUGCCUGGUGUGCGGGGACAUUGCUUCUGGGUACCACUACGGCGUGGCUUCCUGUGAGGCAUGUAAAGCCUUCUUCAAGAGGACUAUUCAAGGGAACAUUGAAUACAGCUGCCCGGCCACCAAUGAGUGUGAGAUCACGAAACGCAGGCGCAAGUCCUGUCAGGCCUGUCGCUUCAUGAAAUGCCUCAAAGUGGGGAUGCUAAAAGAAGGUGUUCGUCUGGAUCGAGUCCGUGGAGGCCGUCAGAAAUACAAAAGGAGACUGGAUUCUGAGAGCAGCACUUACCUGAGCUUACAGAUCCCUCCCCCAGCUAAAAAGCCAUAUACAACAGCUUCUCCUUUGAAAUGUGCAGUGACUAAGAUCGUCUCCCACUUGCUGGUGGCUGAGCCAGAGAAGAUUUAUGCCAUGCCUGAUCCAACCAUGCCGGAGAGUGACAUCAAAGCCCUGACAACCCUCUGUGACCUGGCAGACAGGGAACUGGUGGUGAUCAUUGGCUGGGCAAAGCACAUCCCAGGGUUCUCCAACCUCUCCCUCGGAGACCAGAUGAGCCUUCUGCAGAGUGCCUGGAUGGAAAUUCUCAUCCUGGGCAUUGUGUACCGCUCCCUGCCAUAUGAGGACAAGCUGGUCUAUGCUGAGGACUACAUAAUGGAUGAAGAGCAUUCUCGUCUGACAGGGCUGCUGGAGCUCUACCUGGCCAUCCUACAGCUGGUGCGCCGCUAUAAGAAGCUCAAGGUGGAAAAGGAGGAAUUUGUCACACUCAAAGCUCUGGCCCUCGCCAACUCAGACUCCAUGCACAUAGAGGACAUGGAUGCAGUGCAGAAACUCCAGGACCUUCUCCACGAAGCCCUGCAGGACUACGAGCUGAGUCAGCGCAAUGAGGAGCCCCGGCGAGCAGGCAAGCUGCUCCUGACCUUGCCCCUCCUGCGGCAGACGGCUGCUAAAGCUGUGCAGCACUUCUACAGCAUCAAACUGCAGGGCAAGGUUCCCAUGCAUAAACUCUUCCUAGAAAUGCUAGAGGCAAAGGUCUGACAGCCCCAGCACCAGCCGACUGUGGCCGGGGAACAAACUAGAAACAAAGAUGCAGACAACGGAGCAAUCCAAACAGCAGCAGCAGCCACCGCCGGCUUUUAUCUCCAAUCAUUUAUUAUGGAAGAAUUAUUUAAUGUCUAUCUGUCGGCGUGACUGCAGAAUCUUGUGUACAGGAGGGGGGAAACUUUUAAUCAGUCACCUGUUUCUCUUUUUUUCAUUGUUUUCUCUGUGGGAAAUACCAGAUUAUGCUCUUGCACUUGUUGAGGCAUCAUCGGGGCUCAGCCCCUCUGAUCAGUGAUGCUCUCAGCGCUGUCCAGGCUGCCUGCUUCCCAGCUCCCUCUGCCAGAUCUGGUGGGGGAGUGGGGCAGAAGCAGGAAGAGAGGAAGAAUACAGUCAAUAUAAAUUUUAUCUGCUAGUGUUACGAGGAGUCAGUUAGAAAGGGAAGCAGCCACGGUCCUUUUUUUUUUUGCCACCUUUCUGACUCUUACCAUAGAGUAGAUGCUCCUUUGGAGAGCAAUGCUGCUGGACCUCUCCUGAACA